AUGUUUGACUAUUUAGCAAAACAUUUAUCGGGUGAUAACUUGGCCAAAGGUCUGGUCGCAAAAGCAAAUCUUCAUAGGUCGAGAAUUCAAGAAGUAGCUACAAAUGUGCUGGACCUACAGGCAAAGAAGUGGGCACUCGACAAAAUAACUGACAAAAAAGUUUUCAACCUUUUGCAGCUCCAGGGUUCGAAUGGCAACCCUUUGGAAAGCCCGUUUUUUUCUCGGUGGUUUAAAUUCGUCAUGACACGAUACCAUGUAUCAAAAAAAGCAUACAAGGCGACACUAGACAUUCUGUCAUCUUAUUUCCAGAGCAAAAUUGCUCUGGUGAGUUAUCUAGAACGCGCAAAAACCUCUGGUAAACAGACAAUUGCUGCUCAAAAGUUACUUGAUUGUCAGAUUAAUGAGUGGAAAGAAGAUAAGAAAAACGCGGCUUACGUUUUCGACAUUUUGGAUCUGCGCCUGACAGAGAGCAAGCUUUUCGAUAGUCCGGUCAUUUCUACGUGGGUUGACUUCGUCAAGUCAAUAUCGUCGAAUGAUGUGGAAGCAACUAAUACGAUGCUCUCCGUCCUCAAACUUGCUUACAAGGAUGAUCUCAACAGCCCUCCGAAACGGCAGAAUGAUUCUGACGUGAACGAGCCACCGCCACCGGCGAAAAGGCAGAAGGAGUUCGACUUCGACUUGAACGAGCCACCGGCGAAAAGGCAGAAGGAGUUCGACUUCGACUUGAACGAGCCACCGGCGAAGAGGCAGAUGGAGAUUGACUUCGACUUGAACGAGCCACCGGCGAAAAGGCAGAAGAGUUUGACUUUGACUUAA